AUGGGUGGCUACCACCAACAGAGGUCAGCAUGCCCAGUCUCUUCUACGUCCCUGUGGCCUGGCCUCCCAUCCAUUGGGGAAAUACUGCCGCUGUCCCUUCAGGAACCCAGAAUAAGCUUAUCCUCGCAAGAAGAUCUCGGAAUGAGCUCGAUCCCCAAGUUGGGAGCCCGGGCCCCAGGCCACCCAGGAUUCCCAGUGCUUCACGUUCUGCUAGGAUUGGCUUCGGCACAGCUGGGAGCUGUCCAGGCACAAGGAGAUUGUGGCAACUGCUACCAUCUCAAUCCAGGUGCGAUUGCAGGUGUGGUGUUGGGAGACCUGCUUUUGACUUUGCUCCUUGCAUUGGCUGUAUACUACGUGGCCACCUGCUUCUACCAACGCCAGCUGGCCAGCAGUGAACUCAAGAAGACACGGACAGCAGAGAUGGAGUCCCCCUACCAGGAACUCGAUGCCCGCACUCUGGACGUUUACAGUGACCUGAAGAAUCCAAGACGCACCUUCAGAUAAAUCUUCUUACUCCGGGCUGGGCCUUUUGAUGGGGAGGGGGACCGAGCCAGCCACUUCUCAGAGACUUCCAAUGUCUCCAUGCAAGCUCCUCUUCCGGAAAGAAAAGCUUUUUUUCCAGACCUAUCCUUCAAGACAAGGCUCCAACUGUGAACAGUCAUUUCAUUCUUCUCCUUGAGAUGCUCCCCUGCUGUGUCUGGUCUGCUUGAGGGCACCUUUGCCCAGGUUCACUGCAGUGAUAGAGCCAUCACCAGCUGCAGCACAAUGUAGAGCUCUCUGGCAGUGGGGAAACGUGUACGCCCUCAGUCAGAUCUUCAACCAGGAAUACCUUAUUCUAUUUCACCGGCCCCUGACUGGUUGCCAAGUUUCAUGUUGAGUUUUAGGCUUAAUUUACAACCGGGACUGUGUCAUGCCUGGCUCACGAGCACCCGAGAAGGGCGUUCAGCUCAGCUUCUGACUUUUCCCAUAGAGUCCCUUUGGGGUUUUGUCUUCUUCUUUUUUUCAGAUUUGUUUGGGCAGCAACCUCUGUGAAGAUCUCCCGGAUAAGUCUGUUGAAGUGGCGGAUAGGUACAGCCCCCCAGCCGCUGUAACCAGUGACCUAUCAGGUCCCCGGUUCAUAUCUUUCCACUGUCACCAAGUCACCUGGCAGCCUUCGCUUUCAGUUCCAAUUUGUAAUAUUGGGGUAACAAGAAUGCCAAACUUCCUUCCAAGGGUGUCGUGAGGAUCACAGCAAGAUAGAAAUCAAUAGGGUCACAACAAGAUAGAAAUCAAUAGGGUUUGCAUAUGAGGAGAACCUUCUAUGCUGCAGAACCCUUUCGUGUAAAAUGAGAGUGGGGGGGGGGGUAUACAUAUUUUUUCACACGUACAUUUGUUUUUGCUUUGUUGUUUUCCAUCAGGUAUUUUGAACUGUACCAAGUUGGCUCUUAGCAUUAUUCGGCUUCCUUUGUUGCUUUGUUUCCUGUGGGCGGGAAGGAAUCCUGCGUUUGCCUGAUGUUGAAUUUUCCUCUGAACAAAUGUCUGCUGCAAGAAAAUGUUGUACCAGGUAGAAUUUUAUUGCAGGUGGUUAGCAUGUAUAUUAGGGAUGCCAGCUUCCGGGUGGGACCAGAAUUCCACCAGAUCUGUCGCUUGUCUCCAGACUACAGAGAUCGGUUCUCCUGGAGAAAAUGGAUGCUUUGGAGGGUGGACUUUAUGGCACUGUGCCCCACUGAGGUCCCUCUUCUCCCCAGGCUCCAUCCCCAAACCUCCAGGAGUUUUGCAACCUGGAUCUGGUACCCCUAUUCCCCCAGCAACCAUAGUGCAUAUAAAUAAAUACAUCCUGAUUUGUCAUGCAAGAUAGUGGACUGGAGAGAAAGGCAUAGAGACAGGGACCAAGACUUUGUCCCCUCCCAUGAUUGGCAGCUUCGCAGCUUGAAGGAGGAUGAGAUCCAGACCAACCUCAUCAGCAGGAACCCAGUUUCUGAAGACAUGCAGAGCAGUGGCGUAGAGCCAAGGGGAAAGGGGGAUGCGUGACGCACCGGGCGCGUGCCAGUAGCGGGGGUAUGGAGGAGGCAUUCCGGGGCAUGGCAGGGGCACGGGACACACGCGUGCCCCGGGCACAGUUCCCCCUCGCUCCAGCCCUGAUUCAGAGUGCAUGUUCACUGACAAACCUAUCCAAACCAUUGCCAGCAGCAGGUUUAGGGGACUGACAACACCUUCAAAGCAGUGGUGUAUCUAGGCAAACUGGGGUCCUGGGCAAAACCUGAGUUUGAUGCCCCCCAUUGGUGGAGCAGCCCGGCCACGGCACUCACCCUUCCCCGACGGCCCCAACAGCCCAAGUUCACUGGAGGCGGAGCUCCCCGUCCUCCUGCUCUGCGACUGGUGGCUUGUGGGCCACCGUACAGAGUGGACAGGUCUUAGUCAGAGUGAAUGGGGCUUAGAAAUCAGGCGUCCCCACUUGACUACAAAUUUCUGCACCUUGGGCAACUGCCCACUUUGCCUAAUGGGUGGUACGCCACUGCUCAAAGAGUUCCUCUUGUUUCCUGCCAUUGCCUUUUCCCAUCAGAUCUCUCAUGUCAUCAUACAAAGGAAACCAAGACCCCUCUCCCCAAGCAAGUGGGGGAAACGCCACUUUUCUUUUGGCCAAGGUUGUGGACAGCUUGAGAAAGGAAAGGGACUACUCGACUCACAAAGUUAGCUUUAAAAAAGAAGUAGGCAUGUUUUAUUUAGAGAGACAUUCAAUUUAGAAACUUUAUAACAUACUCCCCCUUCAGGUUGAACCCAAAUAAAUGUACCAAAAACACAAGAGAAACAACCAAUACAACGUGUUCUUCACUAAUUCUGCUUACUUAAAACCUCUUGUCUUUUCCCAGCCUGUCUCCUCCUGAUUGAUGGAGAGCCAUCAGUGGGAGAAUUCUGAUUGGAUGCUGUAAAUCCCAAGCAUCAUUGGGGAAAGACUUAUGGUACCCAGGGGCAAUGAUGGGGAAAGGGGGUGCUGGCAGUGAAGGCCAUUGAGCAUGGACAGUGGGAGAAAGUGCGGGUGGAAAGGCACAAGAAAGGCCUCUUGACAGGCAGACAAUAGGGUUGCCACCUCGGAGUUGGAAA